AAACAACACAAGCUGAAUUAAUAUAUGACCUGGGACUGGAAAGUUACCUGAAGGAAAAACUUACCCUAAGUACUGUGCUGGAGAUCACCAGUGAGACUGUAAAGGAUAAGUCGGUCCAGUCCGUCAAAUCUCUGCCGUGGUAUUUUCUGAGGAAGCUCAUGAUGGUAAAUGUGACUGCUAGGAGUGGGAUGUGCACAAGCAAUGAUGCCUCAGCCUUCCAGAGCCUGGACAGCUUUCUAGAGCAUCUGGGAGACCUUCAGGGUCAUAGCAAUAGGGUCAAUCCCCUUGAUGUCAUCACAGCUCUUUUCCUGUGUUCAGAUGGUUUCCUUCAACAGGAAAUGACCUUGAAGAUGUCCAUGUGCCAGUAUGCUGUGCCUCUUCUGCUUCCCAAUUCUGACGGACACCAGUGCAUGUUGAUGCUUUGGGCUAUGAGGGACAUUGUAAAGAAGUUCAGGCCACAUUCCCUGAAGGAUCCAAAAGGAUUCGUAGAGGACAGCAUUGUGCUUACAAAUAUGCCCAUGGUAUCUUUUGUCAGACUGGGCAGCAGUAGCUUGAGAAAGUCUCACAUCUUGAACCAAGUUCUGAGCAACCCUCAGCAGUACCAUGACACUUUUGUUCAUGACAACAUGGCAUGUGGUGAUACCAAAAGGAGGAUUUCUAAUGGCCUGGUGGAAAUUAGCUGGUAUCUGCCCUGUGGGAACGAGAACAUUGACGUCUUUCCUGAGCCUGUUGCUGUAUCCAACUUGCGUGGAGACAUAAGAUCCUUUCAUACUGAAUUUCUUUUCCUCUGUCAAACGUCUGCAGCAGUCUUUGUGUUCUGCGAUGACUUUAGUCAUGGCUGUGAGGUGCUCAAUCAUCAGGAUAUUAGGUCUCAGUUAUUCUUAGUCAGCAAUUCACAGGCCAGCAGCUUCAAUGUGGCAAACUUUAAAGCACAGAUAUCCAGGCUUCAGCUUCAGCCAAAGAACAUCCUCAUGAAGCGCCCGGGAAUGAAUGAUGCGGAAUUUGGUAACGAGCUGCGAAUGAGUGUGAGUGAGCUACUGAAGGAAAAUCCACUGAAAAUGAAUAUUGUAGACAUGUCAGCUAUUGCGCAGGAUUUAGGAAUCCCAGUAGAUGAAGACUGCACCCAGUGUCAAAAUGGGAAGAAAAUGGCAGAUAAUAUUACAUCAGGAAUAACUGACAUACCAGAUUUCAAGGAAAAACAACUUCCUUUGCAAGGAGAAAUCUGGAAAGAUGUGUCAGCCCAUGACAAAAACCUCAGAGACAGGAAGCUUCUUCUGGAGCAGCUGAAUGAGAUGACCCAAACGGCAGCCAAAAUGGAAAAGAGGGGAAGCAACAAAACAUUUACAGACAUCAUGGAAUACAACCCAGAAAAGAACAACUGGUACAUCCCUGGACUCUGGCAUGGUAACCCUCCCAUGGCUCCGGUGAACGCAGGCUACAGUGAGUCUGUAAGCGAGUUCAAAAAAAGCCUCAUUACUUCCUUCAAUGAGUGCCGGACCCCAACACACACAUUUGCUGAGUUCUUCAAGUGGGCUGAGAGUUUAUGGAACGCAGUGAAGUACGAGAACUUCAUCUUCAGCUUUCGCAACAGCCUUGUGGCUGAUGCCUACUCUAAGCUUUGUAUAGAGUUCAACAAGUGGGAGUGGGCUUAUAGGAAGCACAUGUACUCAUGGCUGUCACAAGCUGAGACUAAUGUGUCGAACUUUGGGGAAGUGGAGACUGGGACUUCACUCACUGCUGAGAAUUUACUGAGCGAGCUGAAAACAGUGUUAGCUGAUGAACUCAAUAAGCAAGAGAUUAUCAUUUUGGACAACAUUUCUGAAUAUUAUAAAAGAAAAGAAAACCAUAUUUAUUUGGUGGAGAAGUACAGAGAGGAUUUUGUGAACUCUGCCAAGACUCUGACAAGAGAGACACAGAAUUCUGCGAAAAACAAAAUAGAGGCAGUGAUGGAAAUCAAAAAGGGCAUGCUCAAGUUGGACACUGUCAGAAAGAAGCACACAGACACCAUGGAGCGGAAGGUUCUAGAGCUGGUUGACAGAUGCAGGAAAAUUAAAAUUAGAAUGUCAUCUGAAGAAUUUUCAUUGGAAUUUAAAAUGAUGUGGGAGGACACUGUGAAAGAACUUGAUUUUACAGGCCUAAAGAAACGGGAUAUUAGACAAGAUAUUCAACGUCAAUUAUGGGCUAACUUGACUAGAGAUGGAAGUCAUGUGCGUGAAAUACUGUCCAAGGUUUCCUUGAAUAACUGUGGUGAAGAAGCUUUUACAGUACAAAAUGAUGAUGGUUUGUUAAAGAAGGCCUACAAACGUGUUUUUGGGGAUGAGCAGAAGCGGAAGGCACAAGAUCUGGCAGAUCGUAUCAUAUGGAAGAGUCAGGAGUUUAUUAAUGAAAAAGUGAAAACAAGAACAGAUUACCAUGACACUUACGCCACACAGUUGUUGUGUUUGAUAGAUGACUUGCUGGAGAAGGAAAGGGAUCUGCAAUUGAGUGACAAAUUUGAGGUCUCUGUGAAGAUACACAUCUGUGGGUUUGCAGCAAAGGAAUUCCAAAAAAUGCACGAUUGUUUUAUUGAAGUAAAUGACCCUCGGCGAUGCUUGAACGAGUUUAAGGACCAGUACUACUCUGAUUUUAAGGACCUGUUUAAUAAAACAGACCAGUGUCAGAAGAAGGCUGAAGAGUUUGCCACCUACUGUCUUGCUCCUGCGAUCAAGGAAUAUGCUGCCAAGUUUGUUGGCCCAGAUAUUGUGGAUGAAAUGUUGACAGAAGAGAAAUUGAUUGACUGCAGAACCCGCUCCUUUUUCCAGUUCUCUGUCCUCAAAGACCUGCUUUUAAAAAAUGAUUUUAAACAUUUCCUUCAGUACACUCAAGAGUAUGAGAAGUUUGUGAAAGACUGGAUUUCAGAGAAAAUAGUGGAGUACUUCACAGACAAUUAUAACAAACUUUGUGACAUAGUGGUUUGUCACCAAACCAAAAUUAUCAAGAAGAUAAAACACACUGUUGAGGGUGAAACGUCUGCCAGAGGUGGAAAGAGUGGGAAUAUUUGCCAGUUCAUUCAAGAAAUCUGCACAAAACUUGAAAAGGAACUUGUCAUUCCCAAAACUGCCCUGGAUAAAUUUAUGGCUUUAAACAAGGCAGAUCCUAUGGAUUUUUCUAGAUGCCUUAUAUCCAUCAUGGAGGAAAUGGAAAAAAAACCGAGAGCUGAGUUUGAACAGCAAAAGGAUGUGAAAUCAGUACUGACAGACCUACCCUUCAAGCCUGAGAAUGAGUUGUUCAGUAGGGUGUUUGGCUGUGGAAAGCAGUGUCCCUUCUGCAAAACUCCCUGUGAGGCAGUAGGUAAGGAUCAUCCAGAGCACUUUGCAUCCGUUCACCGACCCGAUGGUAUUGGACAGUACAGAUGGAGAGAUUCUAAAAAACUAACAACCGAUGUGUGCUCUUCCUGCGUUGCUAGUGAAAAACAAUUCAGCUGCUCAGCCACAUCAGGUAAUUAUCAUCCAUACAAAGAUUACCGGAAGUUUUUCCCUGACUGGCGCAUUCAGCCUGACGCAAUCACUGAGGCCUCAGACUACUGGAAGUAUGUCUUUGCUACAUUUAAUGAUCAGUUUGCCAAAGAAUUUAAUGCUAAAGCUGCUGAUAUCCCUGAAAGCUGGAAAUUAAUAGAUAAUGAUAAAGCCUUGAAAAGCCUGGAAGAAGCAUACAGGAUGAUAAUCGAAUAAUCUGGUUAAUGUUAUUUGGGAAACAUUGUUACUGUGACAAGUGAUUUAUAAAAUGCAUGGAAACAGUUAUGUCAUCAUAUGAAAGAAAUAGGCCAUCAGAUUUCCCUUGUUAUGUCAGUUGUACAUCAUCCUGCACUGCUGAAUUUUUAUCCAAAUUUAAUACUGUGUUGGUUUUAAAUUUGAACAUGUAAAUAUAAUCGGUGGUUAAUUGUAAUGACAGUAUAAGAAAUUUUUGUAUGUUAGCAGCUUAAACUUUACCAGCGUGGUGUGCGGCUCUGUGGUUUAAGACUCCAUGAUCAGAAGGUCACCGGUUCAAAUCCCGUAGUUAGCAGGGUAUUUAAUCCCAUCUGCUCAGGGGUGCCAGAUAAAUGGCUGAAUCAGUGUUCUGACCCCAAACUUUGCUCUUGUUUGUCUGUGUGUCUCAUUGGAGAAUAUGAUGAAAUAUAUAGACUGAAAUUGACAAUGACAGUAAAGGCAUUCUGUUCUAAUUGUUCUUGUUUCCAUUUACCUUCUGUUUUCUUUCCAUAAAAAAUGUUUUUCAAGUACAAGAGCAUAACAGUGAUUGAAUAGUCAUAUUAGGUUCUUGUUGUUUGAAACUGCACAGCUCUUGCUGUGAUACUACUUAGACUUGUUAUUGAGUAUUCAUUAGAAGCUCAGCCUUAUACGUAGUUAAUCCUUUAACUGUGUGCUUGUGAUGCACUGCCUCACUUGUACGUCAUUUUCUGACAAAAGCAUCUGCUAAGUAAAUGUAUGUGAAUGUAUAACAGCAGUUUUUCUUUUGCAUUAAUAAAAUAAUACAAAAAAUA